UGCCGCACCGCCGCGGGGUCGCGCUGGGCCGCGGGACCCGCCGAGCCCGCCCGCCGCCACCUCGCAGGGCGCCGCAGGCAGCCCGCACCCGCCGCCGGGCACCGCCGGAGACCACCGCGCCGACCAGCAGAGCCAGGGCCGCCGGGCGCCGCUCCCCGCCGCCGCCAUGCUGAGCAUCUUCCGCUCCAUCCCCACGCAGAUGGACUACAAGGGCCAAAAAUUAGCAGAACAGAUUUUUCAAGGAAUCAUUCUUGUCUCUGCAGUAAUUGGUUUCAUCUAUGGGUACAUCACUGAACAGUUUGGAUGGACUGUCUACAUAGUUAUGGCUGGAUUUGCUUUAUCAUGUUUGCUAACGCUCCCUCCAUGGCCUAUGUACCGACGCAAUCCUCUGAAGUGGCUACCUGUCCAAGAGAUGGGAGCAGAAGAGAAGAAGCCAGGAGACAGAAAGCCAAAGAGACAUUCUAAAAGCUAAAAAAUGUUGGCUCUUCAUGUUGUUGCUUUGUUAAAUUUUGUUAAAUGCAUUUCUGCUGGGAGAUAAUUCUUGGCUUUUUCUUACUACUUUCUAUACUACCAUGAGUACUGCAAGAUCUGCAGAGAGCAUGAGGCCUCUCUGAAUUUUGGCUGGAGUUUCUAUGAAGUCAUGAGGAAGGCGGGUUGGGGGGGAAUACCUUUAGAAGGUUACUGGAGUCACAUCUCGAGUACUUUAGUAAAAAGAACAAAGCACAUCAAAUAAAGUACUGUUGCCACAGCCUAAAAGAGAA